UUCAUCCGUUAUCGUCCACUUCCCCACCGUCAACGUGAAGUCAAAGAAGUAAAAUAAAGAAGCGGACAUCUGGAUUGAGAGGGACCAGUGAACAACCAAAAAGGCGAGAAAACAUGAGGAUUGUGGAGGCUAAACAGAGGAAAGAAAAACAUACGAAGAGCCGGAUGUGAGGCAACUUCAGUGGAGUUGUGAUAAUUUUUUUAAAAAUCCACACGUGGAUAUUCGUGAUGGACGGGAUAAAUCAGAUUAAUCAGCAUGAAAGUUUGUCUUAGGGGGUGUUUAGCGAGUUUGGGUUCAACUUUUUGGGAAAAUGAAUGACAAAAGUUGCGGCGUCUUGCGGAAGACGGAGGACAAGGAGAGGACGUCAAUGGCUCAGAGGCGCUGGAGAAUGCUGGCGCGAGCGUUGACACGCUCCCCUGAGCCACUCAUAGAGCCUGAGGACGUCAUAUCUGUUCGUCGUUUCACAAAUUUCAAUUUGGUAAAGCCAAAACUCCUCGAGAAUGCACCGGUCGACCCUAAAUCAUCUUGGUACGAGUACUCGUGCGUCGUGGAUAACGAUCUUUUUGCCGUUCUUGUUCGGAGAAUUAACAAAACAUUCACAGCUAAUGAACUCAUUGGCUUCAACAACACGGGAAAUGUCUGUGUCUGGCCCUCCGAAGAGUGUCUCGGCUAUUACUUGCUGAAGAAUCAGAGGAUAUGCCGGAAUAAAACUGUUUUGGAGCUUGGGGGUGGUAUGAGCUGUCUUGCUGGGGUACUCGUUGCCAAAUAUUGUGGCCCAUCCGGUGUUACAUUAACCGACGGAAAUGUCACAAGUGUCGACAACGUUAGGUGUAUCAUUGCCAGAAACAACAUGGCGGAUUUUGUUAAAUGCGGAGUGGUGCAGUGGGCCAGGGCGGCUAAUGUCCUCAGACAGGCUGCCAGUGGGCAUCGGGUGCAGACAUGGAGUCCAGAGACAGUGGACGAAUCACGAAGAACAGAGGGCUUGUACGACGUUAUUCUCAGCGCUGAUUGUUUAUUUUUCGACGAUGUGCGUUUGGAUCUUGUGGAGACAAUCUAUGGUUGGCUUGCGGACGAUGGAAUUGCUCUGAUAAUGGCGCCAAGACGCGGUAUGACAUUCCAGAAAUUUGCGGAUGCUGCUGUUAAGCGGGGCUUUUUGGCGAGACAAAUUGAACGGUAUGAUGCUGAUGUAUGGGCUAGACACCUGGAGCUCGGGGAUAAUUGUCAGGAGUACUGUGCGGAUAUACAUUAUCCAGUUUUACUGGAGUUAACGAAACAGAAGAAGACACCGCCUGGCUGAGACAGGAGGACAUGAUGCUCUUAUCAUUUUAUCAGGAGGAAAAUUAAAUGAGUGGAGGAGUGAAUAUUUUCAUUGAAUUGUCUAGUGUUUAUUCAACUUUUGAAUUAGAUAUUUUGGGGACAAAGUGCCUGGAGUCACUGAGAAUUAAUCUGAGACGUUUGAUCGGGUAAUUAGUUGGAGUAAUGAUACUAAUUCGGAGGAAUGAGCACACCCAGGGGCCUAUCAGUCAUUAUGAACAGGUUUAUCUCACACUGAAAGAAAAAAUUGGCUCUCCCGAAAAACUACAUGUUACACGUGGGAAUAUUUGAUGGAGUGGAACAGAUUUACCUGAUAGAAGGAAAUUUAAUAUCUUUCACAAAAAUGAAAGUUUUGCCGUGAUCAUCAGAAGUAUUCCUAGAAGAAUUCGAACUUUUGGCAGAAAAAAUGUUAUCCAUUGUACGAUAAUCAUUUGAUCUGAGAGAACUGCAUAGGUUUAUAUCACAGAAAGAAUUACGAAUGAAGAAUAUUUUUUUCCCAAAAAAAAAUUGUCCCCUCAAAAUUAUUUAGGUUUGCCAAUAACACAGUU